AUACUACCAAGGUGGUCCGUGAGCUUUGGUUCAUUGAAUUUUUGAGGAUCGCGACGGCGUCCGAGACGCCAUAAGAAUGCUCUAAUCACCAGUUUACCAACACAGCGUUGCGCAACAAUGGCUACUAUGCGUGAGGGAACUCGGAUAGCCCGGACGAUUAGGGCACAAAGAUCUUUAUGGAGGCCAAGACAGCUCCAGACAGUGGCCCGACGAUGGACCUCGUCAGAAGCUGGAGACCCUGAGCUGUCGGAUCUCGAAUCCAGCUCGUUCGUCGUCCCGGGGCCUGACGAUGCCAUUGUACAAGCAUUUGAUACGGCCCAGCGUGUCGCAGAGAGACCACAGGAACUUCCCGGCAAGAGAUUCCAAUACCACCCUCCCAAGUACGAUCGUGGUCCGUUGCACCCUAUUCAGUCGCCGCCCUCCUCCGACCCGACAGCGCGAAACUUCGUUCCCGGCCCGUUCAAUCACCCCCGCCUCAAGCAGACCUUUGACUCGACCAUCGCAUCCGACCUCAUGACCCUCGCUUACAGUCACAAAGUGCCCGGAACGCCAGAAACCCCAACACCCGAGCGGUUGCGGGAGUGGGACGACUCGUCGCCAUACCACAAGAACCGUCCCCGCCGAGGCCCCAGGGGUGCCUCCGCUCUCGACCUGCUCGAGAGAGAGAUCAACUUCCGCCACAUCCCUGAGAUCAAGGCCGUCUCCGUUUCCGCGUUCAUGGGCCAGGCCGCGAAACUGCCCAUCAUGCUCCCUGUGGCCCGUUCCGUCAUCCAGGCCAUCAGCGGCAACACCCCCACGACGGUGCGCAUGAAGGACAGCGUGACGCAGUGGAAGGUCAAGGAAGGGGACCGUGUCGGCAUUAAGACGACCAUGUACGGCAACCAGGCGUACGAGUUUGUGGACAAGCUCAUCCACAUCGUGCUGCCUAAAAUCAAGGAGUGGCCUGGCGUGAAGGCGACCACGGGUGACGGCAACGGCAACUUGGGCAUCGGCUUGCGGCCCGAGGACAUGGCUUGGUUCCCCGAGCUCGCCGUCAACUGGGACCUCUACCCAGCUCGACUCGUUCCAGGUUGCCGGAUUGCGAUCCAAACCACGGCAACGUCAGACAGGCAUGCGAGGCUUCUGCUUCAGGCUCUUGGGCUCCCCUUCUAUGGCAAGGUCCGGCACUGAGCUUCUCACCAUGUAUUUUGACAUGCUUCCCCUGUACAUUACACACAUAGAGACGUCCGUGUACAUCGCGAAUUGUACCAUCACACUUUCAUUUGAGACAACUGGAAAGCAAGGAUGGAUUUUAUAUAUUGUGCAUGAAAGAGCCAAAUUAAAAAUCCGC